UCUCAAUGGACUGAUGAAGAACUGGAUCAUGAGAUUCAGCUUAUCCAUGAGCAUUUCCCAAAUGCUGGAAUCACAAUGCUCCAUGGGCAUUUCCGUCAUAGGGGAGAGAAUGUUCCUUGUGAACAUAUCAAUCAAGCACUUCAUAGAAUCUCCCCUGCCAACCACUCAUUCCGACGCACUCGCCUUAGACAUCGGCGUUAUAAGGUGCCUGGGCCAAACUACCUGUGGCAUCAUGAUGGCCAGCAUGGCAAAUGGAAAAUUGUAGUCCAUGGAUUUGUUGAUGGCUAC